AAGAUAAAUAAUAAAGGACAAAGAGGUAUAUGUUGGAAAGGGGAGGAAGGGGUCCAUUCAUGAUCCGGUCAAAAAAUCAUCUCUCAAAUGGAACACAACACCAACACCAGCUGUUCUUCCAUUUUUACACUUUGACUUCCAUUUCCUCCUCCUUAGAUCUGGAAUACAACUGGUGAUCAUCUCUUCUUCUUACUUUACAUUCAUCAUUCUUCUUCAAUUCCCAACUUUCUUUAAUUAGGGUUUUCUAUUUCUUCAACUCAAUUUGGGGAUCUGAAGUUCAAUUCUUUUGUCACUUUUGGAUCUAGGGUUUUUGGCUACUUAGGGUUUCAAUUAGAUGGGUAAUAAUACUGUGUACUAUUGUUGUGUGUGGAAUGGGGGUAGGGUUUUGUAUGCAUAUAAUAGUAAUGGAGAUCAUGAGAUUGAAAAGCUUGCUGCUUUAUGUUUGGAAAAAGCUCCUUCUCAUCACAAAUGGUAUUUUCAGACCAUGUUCAACAAGACUUUUGGGUUUUUAAUGGAAGAUGGGUAUGUGUAUUUUGCUAUUAUUGAUGAAAAGUUGGGUAAUCCUGGGAAUCUAGAGUUUUUGGAACGGGUUCGGGACGAGUUUAAGAAAGCGGCGGCUAAGAAGGGGUCGAAGAGGAUCUUGUCGAACCCGAAUUCGCUUGCUUUACAAGAACAGUUGUUGCCGGUUAUUCGAGGGUUAAUUGCGUCGCUAGAACAUGUGACGCAGAAUAGUGUGCCUUCGCCGUAUAACGAUGGUCUUUCGCCUUCGCCUACUGGGAAUGAUAACGCUGGUCAGCUUGAUGUUGGGGCUUCGACGAAAGCGCCUUUGUUAGGGAAGUCUAGCAAGCAAGAAAAGAGAAAGAUGAGAGAUCAUGUGAUUUCGGUUAGAGAAAAUGGGGUCGUGGAGGAACAUAGGAAGUCUGCGGAUAAACAGGGGACUAAGGUGGAUUCUUCGAGUCUAGAUCUGACGAAUCAAGGUGGGUCUGUGGCGGCGGGUCUUUCUUUGUCAAAAGAAGUAAGUUCGAUGAGCAGGUCGAGUACUCAAACAAUAAGAAAUAAGUGGUGUCGCCAAGUUCGUAUUGUUCUUGCAAUUGAUGUGGCUGUUUGUUUGAUACUAUUUAUUGUUUGGCUUGUGGUGUGUCGUGGAACCGAGUGUAUUCGUUAAGAUGGGAUUCCUCAUUGAAUGGAUCAGAGAAACGUGUCUUUGUUCUUUGAAUUUCGUUGCGAUAGUAUAUGGAAGCUGCACGUGAUUCCGGAUUUGAGAUUUAAAUAUCCCGAGGUAUUGGCUCGCGAUUAUUGUGCAUAACAGCUUUGUUGUUUUAAACAUUUUUGUACAUCUUUUUCCCAAAAAAAUCUAUUUAAUGUACAUUAUUAUGUUGAGAACACCCAAGUUGCUUAAUUUACAGUAUAUGAUAUAUCAUAUUUUAUUUCUGGUUGAA